CACACCCUCUCAUCAAUCCUUCUUUUUUUCUCAUCGCCAUCUAAUAUAUUCGCCGCAAAGAUGAGAAGAGAUGUACGGAUCGUUAUCGCGGGCGAUGAUGAUGUUGGAAAAUCAACAUUAAUAACAAGUUUGAUAAAAGAAGAAUUCGUGAGUAGGGUACAACAAGUAGUGCCUGAGAUCACACUACCGCCUGAAGUGGCACCCGAAGGAGUAGUAACCAAGAUUGUUGAUACAAGUUCAACGCCCGAUAGAAGACUACAUUUAGAAACGGAAUUACGUAGAGCUUCGGUGAUUUGUUUGGUUUAUGCAAUCUCGGCUUCUUCUUCUUUUGAUCGGAUACCAACGUAUUGGUUACCGUUCAUACGAUCUUUAGGCGUCAAUAGACCGGUAAUCUUGGUUGGGAAUAAGAUCGAUUUACGUUCGGGAGAAGUGACGAAUGCCGCCUUGGAAGAAGAAUUGGCUCCUGUAAUGGCAGAAUUCAAAGAAGUGGAAACGUGUGUAGAAUGUAGUGCAAAGAUACCUCUAAACGUGAGCGAGGUAUUUUACUUUGCUCAAAAGGCAGUCUUAUAUCCAACCGCACCCCUUUACGAUUCAAGGCAACAUGCUCUCAAACCUGCAUGUGUUGAUGCACUUCGAAGGAUAUUCAGACUUUGCGAUAGCGAUAAAGAUGGAAUUUUGAGCGAUGCAGAAUUAAAUGAUUUCCAAAGAAGAUGCUUUGAUGCUCCACUACAAGCACAAGAACUUGAAGGAAUCAAAGAUCUCGUCCUUUCCGCUCCUAUAUCUGGCUCUCGCUUCCCGUACGAUCAUCUCAGCGCAUCAGGAAGCCAAUCAAGCACCACAGGCGGACUGGCAACACCCAACGGACGGCAUUCACCCACAAAAAGAAGUCCAAGCGCUCAUCCUCAUUUGCGAGAUGGCGGUCUAACGCUGUCAGGAUUUCUAUAUCUACACACCCUUUUCAUUCAACGUGGAAGGCUAGAGACGACAUGGACUGUACUUCGCACAUUCGGAUAUGGCUCUGACCUCACUCUGGAAGACAGCUUCGUAAAGCCACCUUUCCACGUACCGGCAGAUUGCAGUGUAGAAUUAAGUCCGCAUGGAUAUCAAUUCCUUACCGACAUCUUUGAGGCGCAUGACAAAGAUCGAGAUGGAGCAUUGAGCAGUACGGAAAUGGCAAAUUUGUUCUUGACCGCACCUGAUGGAAAAAAUCCAUGGGAAGAAACUGAUUUUCCCGAUACAACAAUCACGGAUGAACAUAAUGCAGUCACCUUGCAAGGAUGGCUUGCCCAAUGGAGUAUGACAACUUUGCUCGAUUAUCCUACCACAUUGGCUUAUCUGGCUUAUCUUGGCUACCCCAGCCUGAUCGGAUCGGAAGGCGCUAUCGGACUGAAUGGAACGACCGCUACACCAAAGUCAACAGCAUUUCGACAAUCGCCUCCGACAAACGGCAAAGAUCGUGGUUCACCGACUAAGAAAGCACCUCAGCCUGCUUGUACGACCGGAGCAUUAAAGUUGACCAAGAAAGGACAGCCAAAAAAGCAAGACAAGAAAAAGAAGGGAGCACAGAGAAAUGUCUUUUUGGCUUAUGUUCUGGGUGCUGCAGGAUGUGGAAAGACGGCAUUGCUACGGCAUAUGGUUGGAAAAGGAUGGGAGGAACGCUAUACACCGACGGGAAAGGUAUUGAGCGUGGUGAGCGCGAUCGAACAAUCUGGAGCGGAGAAAUAUCUGGUCUUACAAGAAUUCGGAUCGCGGUACGAAGCAGAAGCUUUACGAAGUUCCAAGAAACUACAUGCGGCCGAUGUACUUGUGUUUGUGUAUGAUUCAAGCGAUACGAAUUCGUUUUCGUAUAUUUCCAACUUGCGUCAACAAUAUCCACAUUUACUUCAUUUACCUUCAUUAUUUUUGGCUACAAAAGCCGAUUUGGAUUUGGUUCAACAAAGACAUGAAGUUCAACCGGAAGUGUAUUGCAGUAAAUUGGGUCUAAGGAUUCCUCCUUCUUCGGGCAGACCAAUUCAUGUUAGUGUAAAGUUGAAUGAGCUAGCAGAUGUCUUUGGUAUCAUUUGUACUGUCGCUCAAGAUCCAAGAAGUGCAAUGCCAGAAGGUGCAAGAGGUGAAGGUAGAUUGAUGGGAUUAUUACGAAAUAGAUGGUUUAUCUAUAUCGGUUUAACCUUGAUCGGAGGUGGAACGGCAGUCUUUAUUGUUGGAUUACGAAUGCCUUUGGCAACGAGACAAAGAGAAUUUGGUCAUGGAUGGUCAGGCGUUGGAGCGGCAGGAUGGUCGCAAAUAUCUUCAUCGUUGAGCAGGGCUGGAGGUUUUGGUGUGAGACAGUCUUCCGGUCAAGCUGGAGGAGCGACUACUUCAUCUUUACCUAAUUGGCUUAAUUGGUAUCGUGGAAGUGGCGAUGAAUUAUGA